AUGAGCCGUGUUCGGGAUGCUGGUUGUGUAGCUGCUGGGAUAGUCAUUGGGGCCAGUGCCUGGUACUGUGUCUACAAAUAUGCCAGGGGAAGAAACCAUAUGAUGAAGAAGAGACUGGCUAAACCCAGGACCAGGGCUGUGGCUGAGACUGGAACCAGGGCUAGAGCUGGACUAAGGGCUGGAUUCACAAUUGACCUUGGGCCAGGAUUCAGUCCUCCAGCCCCAAUCCACACAGGGGCAGAGGAAAGGGCUCAGGAUGAAUCCUCUGCUCUGGGCACUGCUCGAGCUGAAGCAGUGGUCCCAGCUGCAUCCAGUGCCAAGACCCAGAGUGGGGCAGGAAAUAAGGCCCAGGAGACAGAAGGGGCUCGGGUGGGGCCUAAAGCUGAAUCAGAAGCCACGGUGGCUUCUGCAGUGGCACCAUCUCUCUGGGAGGCAAAGGCUCCCUCAGCUGCGAAGGCUCCUGCAAUGGUUGGGGCUCCUAAAUUAGCAGAAGCCCCUGGCACAGCAGAGGCUCCCAGGGCACCAGUGGUGCCUCAUGGGGUGCCAGUUCUUACUGAGGCAUCACAACCUACAGAGGCAGUGGAGGCUUCCAUACCAGCAAUGCCUACUGGGGCAGCAGCGACUUUAGGGGUAGCAGCGCCUUCUGGGGCUACAGAGGCUCCUGGGCCUUCAGGGUCCUCUAGAACAGCGGCAGCAACUAAGAAAGCAACCCCCGGGGCUCAUACUGGGGCUAUACCUAAGGCCGGGUCAGCUACUGGAGCUGUACCCAAAGGUGGAGCUAAGGGUGUAACCAGGUCCCGGACUGGAGGCAAGGGCAAGGGCAAGAAAAAUAAGGUUGAAGUAGAUGAACUGGGGCUGGGUUUUCGGCCUGGAGAUGGGGCUGCGGCAGCCGCAGCAGCGUCUGCUAAUGGGGGCCAGGCAUUCCUGGCAGAGGUCCCUGAUUCUGAGGAAGGAGAGUCUGGAUGGACAGACACAGAAUCGGAUUCAGACUCUGAGCCUGAGACCCAGCAGAAAGGGAAAGGGAGGAGACCUGUUCCCAUGCAGAAGCGCCCCUUUCCUUAUGAAAUUGAUGAGAUUCUGGGUGUCCGAGAUCUCAGGAAAGUCCUUGCUUUGCUUCAGAAAUCAGAUGAUCCUUUCAUCCAACAGGUAGCUUUGCUCACUCUGAGCAAUAAUGCCAAUUAUUCAUGCAACCAAGACACAAUUCGCAAGUUGGGAGGCCUCCCAAUUAUUGCCAACAUGAUCAACAAAACCGAUCCUCACAUUAAGGAAAAAGCCUUAAUGGCCAUGAAUAACCUGAGUGAGAAUUAUGAAAAUCAGGGCCGGCUUCAGAUAUACAUGAAUAAAGUGAUGGAUGACAUCAUGGCCUCUAACCUGAAUUCAGCAGUACAGGUAGUUGGAUUAAAAUUUUUAACAAACAUGACUAUUACUAAUGACUACCAGCACCUGCUUGUCAAUUCUAUUGCAAACUUUUUCCGUUUGUUAUCUCAGGGAGGUGGAAAAAUCAAGGUUGAGAUUUUGAAAAUACUUUCGAAUUUUGCUGAAAAUCCAGAUAUGUUAAAAAAACUACUCAGUACCCAAGUGCCAUCAUCAUUUAGUUCCCUCUACAAUUCUUAUGUGGAAUCAGAAAUUCUUAUUAAUGCCCUGACUCUAUUUGAGAUCAUCUAUGACAAUCUCAGGGCAGAAGUAUUCAACUACAGAGAAUUCAAUAAAGGCUCCCUUUUUUACUUAUGUACUGCAUCUGGAGUGUGCGUUAAGAAAAUUCGAGCCUUAGCAGAUCACCAUGACCUCUUGGUGAAAGUGAAAGUUAUAAAACUAGUGGACAAAUUCUGA